CCCUACGAAGGCGAAAGUGUGCCGCGUAUAUAAGGCCCAGAACAUUCAGCAAUCAGCAUCCAGUUCACUCCUGGACGCACCCGGAACAUCGCGAACGCAAAAAUGAAGAGCCUGAUCCAUGUGGCUCUGUUCACUCUCGUCGUAACGGCGACGUGGGCCGAAGAAGCAAAACCCGUCAAAGAAACCGAAAAGUCCAGUGAACCCGCUAAAAAAACAGACAAACGAGGUCUCUUCGAUUUGGGAUAUGGAUACGGAGGCGGUUAUGGAGGUGGUCACGAUCUUGGAGGUGGUGACUACGGAGGCCUGGAAGGAGGAUACGGAGGUGGCUACGGUGGAGAUUACGGACACCAUGACGAUCAUCACCACCACACAAAAACAGUGACAGUUGUCAAGAAUGUCGCCGUACCCUACCCAGUUGAGAAGCGCGUGCCCUACCCGGUGGAAAAGCACGUCCCAUAUCCGGUAGAGGUAAAAGUUCCACAACCUUACCCAGUGGAAAAACACGUUCCAGUGCCCUAUAAAGUCUACGUCAAAGUACCAGUUCAUGUUCCACAACCCUACCCUGUUGAGAAAGUCGUCAAAGUUCCCGUCCAUGUUCCCGUCGACAGGCCCUACCCAGUUAAAGUAUUUGUUCCUCAACCCUAUCCCGUUGAAAAGAAGAUCCAUGUUCCAGUUCAAAUCCCUGUUCCACAACCCUAUGAAGUUAUAAAGAAAGUUCCCUACCCAGUUCAUGUUCCAGUCCAUGUUCCCCAGCCGUACCCAGUUGAAAAGAAAGUUCCCUAUCCAGUACAUGUCCCCGUCGACAGACCUUAUCCCGUCCAUGUACCUCAACCGUAUCCCGUUCAUGUCGAAAAGAAGGUCCCAGUGCCAGUGGAGAAACCCGUACCUUAUCCCGUGAAAGUUCCAGUUGACAGGCCCUACCCCGUUCAUGUUGACAAGCCCGUUCCUUACCCCGUGAAAGUCCAUGUUCCUCAGCCCUACCCUGUGGAAAAAUUGGUACCUUAUCCUGUUGAAAAAAUAGUGAAGGUCCCAGUCCAUGUGCCAGUGCAUCAUCAUUCUCACCAUGAAGAGGGCGGAGAUGGUGGAUAUGGAGGUGGAUACGGAGGAGGUUAUGGAUAUGGUGGAUAUCAUUAACAAGUUGCGUGAAGACUUCACCUAACAUCUAUUUUUUGUAUUGACCAGAAUUUAGUUAGACCUAAAAGUUUGUAGUUUUCUUGACGACUAAUUGUUUUUGAGAACCUGCAUGUUGCGUGGAGCUUACGGUAUCAACACGACGAGUAACGAACAUCCUCGUUCAUGAUCUUUAUUUAAUUCAUUAUCAGAGGCACUCGGGAUCCAAGCGUUGUUAUUUUAUAAAGAUUAUUUUAUAGAUAAAAUCAGUUAUUAAAUAUAAUCCAUCACGCCCCUGGAUCCCGAGUACUUCUUCAUGGUCUCAACAAAGGAUCCGCUGUGGAUCUUCGCUCGAGACUAGCAUCUUCUUUUGUACCUUUAGCUCAUAAAAUAUUUUUGUAUGGAAACGAUAUUAAAGGAUUUAUCCAAAA